CCGACAGGCGUGGUGCGGCGAUGCGGUGGCCGAAGAGUUCCGGGUGCUGGCUCUCCGCGCUGCUCCGGGCGGGGUGGCGCACAGCCUCGGGCGGCCCGGAGAAUUCGGGCUCCUGCGCCGCGGGCGAGCUGCAGGGCGAGCUGGACAGAUAUGGGGGCGUCUCGGUGCACUUGGCCCGGCACCGCGCGCUGCACCGGCUGGAUGCCGCCGCCUUCCGGAGGCUCUUGCAGGCUGCGGUCCAACAGUGGCGAUCGGAAGGGAGGGUAGCUGCGUGGCUGCACAUCCCCAUCCUGCAGAGCCACCUGAUCGCCCCCGCCGCUUCCCUGGGCUUCUGUUUCCACCAUGCCGAGCCCCACUCCUCAACGCUGACUCUGUGGCUGGGAGAAGGGCCCAGCCGACUGCCGCUGUACGCGACACACCAAGUAGGGGUUGCAGGUGCUGUAUUUGAUGAUGGCACCAGAAAAGUACUGGUUGUACAAGACCGAAAUAAAUUGAAAAAUAUGUGGAAGUUUCCAGGCGGCCUGUCAGAGCCUGGAGAAGAUAUUGGAGACACAGCAGUCCGAGAGGUUUUUGAGGAGACUGGCAUCAAGUCAGAAUUCAGGUCUCUGCUGAGCAUCCGGCAGCAACACCGGAGCCCUGGAGCCUUCGGGAAGUCAGACAUGUACCUGAUCUGCCGCCUACAGCCCCGCUCCUUCACCAUCAACUUCUGCCAGCAGGAAUGCUUGAAGUGUGAAUGGAUGGAUCUAGAAAGCCUGGCCAGGACUAAAAACACGACCCCUCUCACCAGCAGGGUGGCCAGGCUACUGCUGUACGGACACAGGGAAGGGUUUGACAAGGUUGACCUCAGCAUGGAGGAACUCCCUGGAGUACACACAAGCAAGCACUACCAACUCUAUCACAGGGGCCUGCCAGAGAGUUACAUGGUCACCACACCAGGGACAGACUGA